AUGCCGUCUACUUCCACUUCAAACAGAGUACCGAUCUCGCGCAAGAUACGAAAAAAGCUGGCAAAGCAGCGUGAAAUUGAAGUAGAAGAGUGCAAACUUUCCAUAUACCGCAGAAAUUGCUUCCAGGGAGCCGCUAUCGUUAGGCUCAGCGACCUUAAGUCUGACACAAACUUCAACCGAGAGACCAACAAUCCUCCAAAUAUCGCUCGCCUGGAGCAACUCUUUAACUACCAUGGAUUCCUACGUCUAGAUGAGAAAUACCACAUACCCGUCAUGAUUGAUACUUCCGAAUGGGGAAAACGAGUGAAAUGGCAAGACCCGAAAAGCUUAGCACCAGAAGUGCCGCUGCCAGAAUUGGAAGUAGCUCUCGGUUGUCAUUUAUUUGUACUUGAUCACGAGGAUGUCAUUGCUGCAGCUGAAAAGAGGUUCAAAGAAUUGAACGUCGAAGACCCAUGGUGCGUGGUCGACGUCUACGUUACUGAAGCUGAAGAAGCCUGUGAGUGA